AUGUAUCUUGUUAAACAAACUACAGAAAAAAAUUUAUACGAGGAAAUCGAAAGAACUCUUCAGACACGAAAUAAAUUAGGUUUAAAGGACUUUAUGCUUAAGAAACUUGGAGCAAUUUUUCAGUCGGACUAUUCAGAAAUUUUUUCCAAAAUAAUCGAGGAGACGGCAACUGAAAAAGACAAUGAAGCAACUGAAGAAUCAAGGUUUCUCUUUUUCAUAAGACACACGUUACUUGAUUUUGUCGCAAUGUUUAAGUAUCUGACACCGAAGUAUGAAUGGAUUGAAAAGGAUGUUGAAUCAAUUAAGAAACUUAAUGAACUACUUGUUCUGAGAUUAUCAGAUGCUUGUGAAUUAUUAAUGGUCAAAGUAUCAGGGCCUCCUCAUAAAUCUACUAGAAGACAUACAGUGGGCGACGCGAAAAAAUUACUUAUGAUGGCUGUUUGCAGUCUGUGUAGGGUACUUGCCAGCAAUUUAAAUUGUCCAAUUAAAGAUGCCAAGAAAGUAAGAACAUACAGCAUUCAAGCCAUUGGUAAUCGGAUUACGCUAUUUGCCAUUUCCCUUGCCGCGAAAAAGAAGUAUUUAGCCAUUGAGUUGGCGUCAUGUGUAGUUCCGUUUUCAUAUGAAGCAAUCACCUGCUACACAAGAAUCUUUAAUUUUUUCGCGAUUAUCCGAAAUGAAUUUAUUGAACAAGAAAAACUACAGAGAAAAAUUCGUUCGUUUAUUCCUUCUGCUGAUAAUACUGAGGAUUUGCGAGAAUGGUUACAUUUAUCCGACGACAAUUUAACACCUGUGGCGGAUAAUGACAUGGAUGAGCUCUUUUUAUGA